AUGAGUGAGAUAAACACCUUAUGCAAUCUUAGCGCCUUUAUAAUUGUUUGUGGCAGUGAUACUGACGAGCCUACUGUGUGGCCGGAUCGCCCAUUGGUGGAACAAUUGCUUGCAAGGUUUCAAAACAUAUCGGAGCUAGAGCGGUGGAAGAAGAUUAUGAUCCAAAAGACUUACCUGAAGGAGAGGGCAGCCAAAAUGCAAGAGCGAAUCAGGAAGAUUUUAAAAAAGAACUGUGGGAGCAGAUAUUUUCGUCUCCAAUCACAGCACGCCACGUGGAAAAGAAGAUUAUCUCUUUUAAUUAAUUAA